AUGCACCAACCAUGGAACAGGUGGUGUUCCCCUCGGCGGAUGAUAUUCACAGUUGCCAUUGGCGCUUGCGGUGUUUUCAUCUACUUGAUAUGGUUCGGGAUGAACUCAGACCGUGAUAAUGUCCCCCAGCUCCUCACACAACUUAUCCCAGCAGGCCACUGCACCUGCCAAUCAUCUACUUCAUUUCAAUGCGCCGACUGCCUCACCUGUCUCGCCUCACCACCGCUAUCGGAACCAGAACACCUCGCAACUUGGAGUUUCCAAUACGGAAGAGACGACCAGAACCUAGGCCUGAGCCAGAGUCAGUGCCAGGCAGCAUUCCCCGGUCUCUUCCAGGACAUCCAGCGAGGAGUCGCGUAUUGGAAGUCGCAAGGGGGAAUAUCGAGAGACGAUCUGAGCAUGGUCCCAUUCCAAGAUGGCAUGGCCCGCGCUAUUAUCUCCAACGGAGACUUGUACGUCGUGGCGACAAGAGCAAAAGGGGAUGAUCAUCGGCGCAAGAUCCUUAGUACUCUAGGAUCUAUCCAUCGGGCGCUAUCUGCGUCCUCAAACCGUAUCUCGCACCCCACAAUCGAGUUUGUCUUCUCGAUCGAAGAUCGCGUGGAUGACGUUGAUGCGGCCAGCCACCCGGUCUGGGUGUUAUCGAGAAAAGCAUCUGAGGAGUCGGUCAUUCUGAUGCCCGAUUUCGGAUACUGGUCCUGGGCCAAGAGUAACAUCGGCCCAUACGGACAAGUCGUACAGAGCAUCAUGGCGGCUGAAUCCAAUCUGAAAUUCGCGGAUAAAGAACGGAAGCUGGUCUGGCGGGGUAAGUUGAGCUUUGCACCAAAGCUGCGUCGGACCCUCUUGGACAUUGCACGGGGUAAGCCUUGGAGUGAUGUGAAGGAGUUGGAUUGGAGCAAGAAGGCCAACUUCUUGUCGAUGGAGGAUCACUGUCGGUACAUGUUUAUCGGGCAUGUCGAAGGUCGCGCAUACUCGGCAUCCCUUAAAUACCGACAAGCCUGUCGGUCCGUUGUCGUGGCUCACAAGCUGCAGUAUAUCCAACAUCACCACUAUCUCCUCGUAUCGUCCGGUCCGGAACAGAACUACGUGGAAGUCGAGAGAGACUUCUCCGAUCUCCCGAAGCUCAUGGACGAACUCUUGGAGAACCCGGACAAGGCAGAGCGUAUAGCCAAUAACAGUAUCAAAACCUUCCGAGAACGAUACCUAACCCCAGCUGCUGAGGCAUGCUACUGGAGAGCUCUGUGGGAGGGAUGGGCUAAAGUCUCGGCGAAUGUCACACGCGACGUUGAACCGCCGGUUGAUAGGGGACUUCGGUAUGAAUCUUUUGUGUUGCUGGACAGUAACGAUAUGUUCAAGUUCGACAUGUCGAACAGCUUUUAG